UUCCUGCGCUCCGACUGCUCCGAGUCAGUUGGCCGACAUGAGCCGCGCGCGUUGGGGCUCGCUCGGUGUUCGAUUGUUUUGUUAGGGUGGCGUGCGCCGUGUACUACGACCCUCCGAUCGCGAGAUGCCAACGGAUAGAAAGGAAUUCGAACGCGCUACGUCGAUCGACGGUGGCAGAUAGUUUGGAGAAGUGUAAGAUUGGAUUGUGGAGGAUGAAAAAUGAUCGGAUUCUAUCGUAAAGUUAGGUGAACACGACGUAUCAGUGGCAGUGCAGUGAGAUAUUCGUAUGUGGAUAAACAGUGCCCGGAGAACACUGAACUGGUGCGACGACUCGAAAAUCGCAAGCUGGAUUUCUUUCACCAGCCGAGACCCCAGUUGCUACGAGUGAAAUCGACUGUCGAAAAAGUUUCUCCUUGGUCGUAAGAUGAACGAGUGACUGAUAAACGGUGACGCAUACGCGAUGAGGCCGAAAUCGUGUUCCUUGUUCCUGUUGUUCUGCGUGCUGUUGCCGGGUUUGGUGCGACCCUUCACAUCCGGCGAAGAAGGCGAGGAUGCUGCGGAGGACGAGGAUUCCUACCUCCUGGAGGAGGACGACGUGCCUUCGGCGACGAUAGCCACAGACACGGAACUGAUCUCCGAGGCCGGGGGCCAUCUGCCGGUGUUUCUCACCGAGCCGGUGGAUUCAUUCGUAGUGAAGAACAAACCGGCCACACUGCACUGCAAAGCAGCCCACGCUCUACAGAUCUACUUCCGAUGCAACGACGUCAGAGCGGAAGACUCGCAGCAACAGGACUUUGUCGAUCCGCACACGGGCACUAGGAUAGUUGAUUGCGAACUGAACGUGACCAGGGACCACAUCGAGGAGUACUUCAGCAGAGACAAGUUCAAAUGCGAGUGCAUCGCCUGGUCCGGUUCCGGCCAAAUAAAGAGCCAACCAGCAACCGUCGACGUCGCUUACUUGAAGAAGCAGUUCGAGUCCCCGCCGUAUUCAGUAUCGGUGGAGGCGGGUCAGGGCACCGAACUCAGGUGCCUCCCUCCCGUGGGAGUACCACCGCCGAGGGUGUACUGGCUGCGGAACAACGUCCCCGUCGACACGGAGUCCGACACGCUUUUAGUCUCCAGCGAGGGACAUCUUCUCAUCGGCCAGGCGAAGCUCAGCCAUCAAGCGAAUUACACUUGCGUCGCCGAGAACAUCGCUGCCAAAAGGCUCAGCGAGCCUGUCAGUCUCACAGUUUACGUGAACGGAGGAUGGUCCUCUUGGUCCGCCUGGUCGGAAUGCCACUCGAGGUGCGCGAAAGGGGGCCAGAAACGAACGAGAACGUGCACGAACCCUACCCCGAUGAACGGGGGUCAAUCGUGCUUGGGUCCCUUCCAACAGAAGACGGACUGCAACACCAACUGUCCCGCCGGCACACUGGAGGAGUUCACUAACACUCUAGUGGUGGACGGCGGAUGGUCCAGAUGGUCGGCGUGGUCGGUGUGCGGCACCGAUUGUACGCACACCAGGAGAAGAUCUUGCGACGAGCCGGUGCCUAGCCACGGUGGCCGGUCUUGCCAGGGGAGGGACACCAACGUCGCCAAUUGCACCGGCGGCAUGUGCAGCAAUAGCAACACGAAAAUGGGUGGCGCGCACUUGACCGAAGAAGCGAACCGGCAGAUGGACGUGGCUCUGUACGUUGGGCUGACCGUCGCGUGUGUAGUAAUCGGCGGCCUGGCAUUUUUCCUAGCGAAGCUUCUCAGACGCAAAGGUCGGGACCAUUCCCUCUACUCCAUGGCACGCAAUGAAUUCCAGCCGGAGUUCUACCAGGACCAGGACAAGAAGCUGAGCCUUCAGCCGGACGUGACAGCGACGAGCGUGCCGGCCUGUUACGAGUAUCCUUUCGACCCGAAGCUGUCGAUGUCGAGAUCCCUCUCCGAGCACCACUACGACGUCCCCCAUUUGUCGAUCGCCCCCCAGCCGUCUCCGAUGUCGCCGACGCCAAGCACCUCGACGCAGGAGUCGUGCAGCGACAAACAGAUCCAUUCCGAUUGCGAGAACAGCGUAACUAGCUCCUAUCCGUCCUCCGACUCGACGUACAACGUCGCUUCGGAGAGCGUACGCCUGCCGAAGCUCGAGACAGGAAACGUGGCCGGGGCCGCGGUGAACACGCGGGGCGCGCUCCUCGUGCUACCGGACGCUGGCAUAUCGAUGUCGGUGCCCGAGGGAGCCGUUCCGAAACCGCUACGGGAGGAACUCUACCUGGCGGUGCUCAACGAGGAUCGCUUUAGGCCUCGAUUACCCGACGGUAUCACGCAAUUGUCCGCGGUGGUGACGUGCGGGCCAUCGUCGGCGACGUUCAACAAACCAGUGAUCCUGCAAUUCGAGCACUGCGCGAUGCUCCACCCGGCCACGUGGGAGCUCAGCGUCUGGGCUUGCGACGGCCUGAGCGUUGAGGACGGGACGGCGGUCGCCUCCUCGAAGGAUCAUCAAUCGAUCGCAUGGACUAGGGUGUUGACGCUUGGCAACGAGACGAUUAACACGCCCCUGUUCACGCAGUUGGAUCACGCGGAGGCGUUCAUCGUUACGGAACAGCUUCGGGGUUACGUCCUAGCUGGCCAGAGUUGCGAGAACGUGAUCGCAACGAAGAGGUUGCGAGUCGCGCUGUUCGCUAGCCAAGCCGGCCAGUGCUGCGUGAGGGUGUACGCGGUGGAGGACACGAAAGCAGCUAUGAAAGCGAUCGUCGACAGGGAAACUCAAAUCAGGGGAUAUCUAUUGGACAAGCCGAGGACUCUGUUGUUCCAAGACAACGGGGAAUCGCUCUGCGUCAGUUUAGAAGAGGUCGGCAACGAAUGGCAGAGCAAGUCGCCGACGGAGAGACAAGAAAUCUCGUUUGGCGACUUGUGGAACUGCUUGGAAAACACGAAACACGUCAGUUUCGGGUUGGACACCGCUUUCGGUCCUACGACGAGCAGAAGUUACAAGCUUCAGGUGUCGCAAGGGAACUCGGAAACCAGACAGGUGUUCAGAAUCGUGUACGACGCCGCGAAGCAAUUGAUCUCGUCCGGGAGCGUGACCAGACCGCUUCGAGAGGUGACCGUGGUCAGCAGCGGGCAUGCUAAUAACGCGACCACCGAUUCUACCACCCUCAGACCGUUUCGGUUCACCAGGUCCCUGAGGAAGCAACUCUGCCAAUGCCUGGAUCCACCGAACGCUCUUGGCAACGACUGGAGGAUGCUGGCGCAGAGGCUUCAGGUUGACAGGUACAUCAAUUACUUCGCAACGAAGUCCAGUCCGACGGAGCAUAUCUUGGACCUGUGGGAGGCGAAACACCACGAGCCGACCGCCGUAACCGAUCUUCUGAAUCACCUUCGCGUGAUGGGAAGAACGGACGCGGCCACGAUACUGGAAGCUCAGCUGGGACCGUGGCUCUGAACGAGCAAAAGUGGUGAGUGAAAGUACGAACGAACGAGUAAAACUUGGUGAAUCGUGUAACUGUGCGAUGUUCGACGAACUCAUCGAAACACUGCCUUAAUUUGUGCGGGGCCCUCCACCCCCGCUUUGUCAACCCUUUUGUACAUACUUCCGUUUGUAAUAUGAACGUUGCUUCUCGGAGCUAUUGUAAUAAUAAUCGUGAAACGAAGUAAAACUAGAGACUGUACGUUUAGAUGGUUAUAAAUGUGUAAAUAUAAAACGCUGUCGGAGCAGACACGAAUGGAUGUAUCCAUUUAGACGGAUGUUUAUAUAUAUAUAUAAAUAUUAUAUAUAUGGUUAGAUAGAACAUCGAGCAGGAGGGACGAACGCGAUACAAGAAGCGUAACGAGAUAAAACGGUGAGAAACACGUUUUUUUUAUCGAUUUGUUAUAUUAUAUGAAUACGAUAAUAAGGAUGCACGAGCACACGCGAGUGGCCACCGGUUUCCUGGAAGAGGACAAUCGUGCCAAAAUUAUACUCGACUCGGUUCCAAAUACUUACGAGCCCCGUUUCCGUUUACGUUUUCCAUUCGGAUGUUUGUUAAAGUGUACGCGCCCCGCGGUUUCUUUCGUGCACGCGUCGACAAUACCACUGCCCCGCGUUGCGCCGUCGCGCAUCCCGGCGACCAAACCGAACAGAUCGGCCGGAAGCCCGAAAACACGGCCUCGAUUCGCGAUGAAAAUCGAGUUUCUUCUUCUUUUUUUUUUAAAUCGACGUAACUUUAUUUCGAAGAACUGUACCUAUAUUUGUUACUUUCGACGAAUAAAAUAUUCUUGUAUACCUCGA